AUGAAAUUAAGCGUUUAUUCAAUUGUGUUGCUCUUCCUUUGCAUUUGGCUCUCCUUUUUGUCUGCGUCUGCGGCGGAAGAGACUGCUAGUUCUGGCAGUAGUACGGAGAACUCGAGUGGCAGUCUCCGGAUUCCCGCCGCAGGUGGGUUUCUGCGGGGAGACAAGAAUGGCGAAAGCCAUAGGAUUGAUGUCACUGAGGUCAAUGACAAUAUCAGUGAACUCUCGUUGCAAGAGCGAGCAGUCGCCCUAAGCAAUCUUCUUCAAGAUUUUGACAACAACGCCGCGCUGCUCAAGGACAUCAAGCAUCAAGUUGAGUCGCCUGACAAUGAGUUGAAGCAAAUCGGACACCCAGACGUAAGUACCGCGGUUGAUCAAGUCCAAGCGGCUCGAAAGCCACUUCUGGAUGCUGUGGAGCAAAUCCGUCGUGUUCUGCUCGUCAAACCAAAGGAGGACAAUAAACAAGACUAUUCCGGCAGCUGCGGCAGUCCCAAUCAACGCAAGGAGAACCGCAGCCAUUUCGCCCAGUAUACCUCCACGUAUAACUCGUUCCGCUCCGAGUCGUUCGCGCAAGACACUGGGACGCACCUGCAUUCCCAUGUGCGCAGCAUUCACGAUGCAUUGGCAAACGGAGACCACGGAUUUAUGAAGAAAACAUUCAACUCACUCUUGCACAGACACAAGAGACAUCUCAAGGAGAAACGUCGUCCUCGGAGGCUCACCAAGAAUCAACAGUGCAAGCUUCUCAAGGAGUGCGCUGGUCGUCUUUCGCUCUACGAUCUCUACGUCUAUUCACACUCGGAUGAUAUCGAUCCCAUCACGGGAGAUGUCGACGACAAUGUCGUCAGCUUCGUCGAACCAAACUGGAAAAUCAAAUACGAAAAAAUUCAAGACCUAGUCCAGGAGCUGCGGCCAAUAUCUGCAAGUGAGAGGCGGACGGCAGAAACAACCUGUGACACUUCAGAAGAGAGAACCUGCGGAGAUGGCACUGUAGUCACCCGGGUGCCUCCCAGCUGUGACUUUGCGGAUUGUCCGGCUGAAACAGCUCCGGACGAUACGGAUGCACCUCCUCUGACCGAGUCGGAAGCAGAGUCGGAAGCAGAGUCGGACACCAACCCUGAAAUUGAAUCGGAUACCGCUCCCGAAGCUGAUCCGGAGACGGCAGAUGCAGUGCUAGAUGACACAGAUGCAUCUCCAACCGUAUCGCAAGCUGAUCCGGAAGCUGAUCCUGGAACCACUCCCGAAGUUGAAGCUGGUCCAACCCAGCCUGAAGCUGAGUCUGAAACCGCGCCGGAAGCUGAGUCUGAAACCACACCGGAAGCUGAGCCGAACGUCGGGGCAGAAGACGAUCCAAAACCCCAACCCGAAGCUGAGUCUGACUUUGAGCCAGAAACAAUUCCGGAGGCGGAGCCAGAAGCCGAGGUGGAAACAGAACCUGAAGCCGACCCGGCUGAGCCUGGAGCUGAGCCUGACGUAAUUCAAGAUCCCCCUCCUCCUCCAGCGGAGCCUGACGCUGAGUCUGACGCCGGCGAAAGUGAUACCGCUAGUGAGUCAUUGGACAACCCACCAGAAGAGCCCCCGGAAGAUGCUUAUGAGUAUGCAACCUGUGAUGAGUUGCUAGGGCACUUUCAUCGCGUUGUUGAACACAACGAUGUGCCGGAGUUGCAACCGGCCACCGUGUCGCAAGUCUGCCUCGCUGAAGGUACUACUGCCUAUGUCAAGCUGUCCGCGGCAGCCUCCUCUGCUGCCAAUUUGAAGCACAUUGCCUCCGUCAAGACAGCAUUCGAGGAAUCCUAUCGUGGAGGCAAGGUUCUGGGGGCGGAAUGGGAAAGGGUACAAUUCGAAUAUCCCAAAAGUUGGUAUACCGGCACGGGCGAAGUUUACGAAUGGCGACAGCUCAAGGCAAGGGACAUAUCCGUUGGAGCCGACAACACAGUGGUGGCUGUGGAUGAAAGUGGCUUUCCCUACAAGUACCAGGGAACAAAGCACUGGAGUCGGUUAGGCAAUGUGGGGUUCUUGCAUCAAGUCGAGGUGGUCAAUUCGAACACAAUCUUUGGGAGAGACAGCUCAGGGCUUGUGCACAAAUAUGAUUGGAGAGCUUACAAAUGGAAUAGACUGUCGGUGCUCUGGACUGACGGGAUAGGCGUUCAAUGGAUCACGGCUUGCUCGAGUGAAGAGCUCUACGCGGUGAAAAACGGAGAAGUCGUGAAAUACAACAAGGAUUCCAGGAAAUUCGAGCGUCCCGGAGGCAAAAAGUUCUCGAACGCCCGAGAGAUCUCCAUUUCAGCGGAUUGCAAGGUCCUUUGGAUGAUUGACACGAACAAGAUACCGCGGACGAUCCUCCCCAAGCAGGGCUACAAAUUUGCCACUCCAAGGGAACAAACGAGGCUUUCGCAUAUUUCUGGUGGAUCAACAUCCAAAUUGGCCUGGGGAGUGAAUGGCGAUGGACAAGUUUACAGUACCCUCGACCAAGGGAAGAACUGGCCUCGGGACGAAGAUCUCAACACUCCUGGAACUUCUGUAUUUCUCUCCCGGAUUGCGGCUGGCACGCCUCUUGAAACCUGGGGACGGCACGGCUCUAAUGUCGUUCGACGCCGGAGGGCCCAUGACAACUAUGUGCAGGAAAUUCGGGAUCGAUUAAGUAUUCUGAUCGAAGCUUUCCUACUCGAGGUGAUUGACUGUGCGGAGGAUCUACACAAUCACGCAAAGUGGACCCGCACAGACUUCGACGAAGAGUUCGUGUUUGGCUUGGGAGGUCAGACGCCCAAGGGGAAGGUUGCAGACAUUCGUGUGCCCAUAGCAGUUGACGCUUCCAACCGAAACAAGUACGGAUUGAUCAAGAACCUUGAUUCGCCAGCCUUCGAGUUUGAAACAUUCAACGACGUGAUGAAUAAAUUUGAGGCGUGCGCGGACAAGCAAAUGCCUGAGCUGAAUCGUCUUGUCGUUCUGGCAUUGACCAAUACCAAUCGCGAAACUGCGGAAAACUUGUUCGUAGAGGCUUUUCAGGGGUAUGCUGACGACCUUACUGAGGAGUGUAUAUCAAACUCUUUUUCUUUGUUUGAUGAUGCUUUGAGUUUGGUGUUUGGAGGCAAACCAAGUCCCGGCUUUAUAUGUGGGAUCAGAGAAGCUGUUGUUGAUCAGAACAAGCCCUUUCCAGGGAAGUGCUGCCUUGAUGCACCUUUCCAGUUGGAGAGCGACGAUUGGGGCCACCCGUACGAUUGUGCGGUUGAGUGCCAUCAAUUUGGGCCACUCUUUUCGGGAAUGAGUGUUGAGGCCUGUGAAGCCCACGGGGGAACUUUUUGCCCCGAACCAACCGAUUGCACAGAAUUGAGGGAGUGUCUUUCAAAGGAAGUCGCUUGGGCCAAGGACAACGAUAUGUUUGCAUAUGAAAAAUACUUGAAUGAUGCUCCGAACAACUUCACUGACACCACGAGCGCGAAGGAGUGUGGCCUCCUCCGUGCUUAUUUUGGGUUUGAUGAGACCUUUAUCAACGACAAACAAGUCUGUCGUGAUGUCGAGCAACUGAAGCAUACCCGUGAUUUUGCGUUCUUGGAUGAGUACUUCAGUCAAGGAAGCAGCGAGGAACUCGGUGGCGGUGGCGGCGAAGAGUGCAAUUGUGAAGUCCCGAGUAAGCCAGAACUGGUCUUCACCGCACCCGAUCGGACUUGGUCGAGCUCGAAACCUGUCGUGAACGGUCAGACGUGGAAGGCGACGAACUUCGCGUUGAAGAAUUCAAAAGAGGCUUUGACCUUUGCAAAGGGCUCCACUGACGCCUUCAAAUGUCCCGAAGGCCCAUUUUAUAUUCAAAACAUCUGCAUGGCUAUCCAGAACGUUAGUUCGGCUUUGCUUGGUGCCAUUCUCCUGGUUCUCGAAAAGGUUGUGGCUAUCUCCGAGCACACUUAUGAAGAAAUGGCCACCAUCAAUGCAGUUUCAGAGAUCAAGAUUUCUGAAAACUUGGCUGCCCUCGUGAUGAACAUGGGCGAGCUUGCUGAGUAUUUCAACUCCGGGGGUCGAAUGCGACGCAACCUGCUUGCAGCUGGCGAUGGCGACACCUCUAUUCCCGCGGAAGUCAAAGUCGACCUUCAAGUCGAAAUUGUGAGCAGUGAAAAUCCCAGGGCGUUUCUAAGCAUCGCAACGUUGCAAGGUUCAGAGCAGACUCCGGACUCUUUUGAGUUGUGGGUUUUCGACAUGACGGAAGAGGACUAUGUGCCUGUGUCUGCCUUUAGCACGACGCAGAUUCAGCCCGGGAGUACCCUCAUUAAGAUUCCGGAGGAGGUUGUUGGGCAGGUUUUCACUCUCAAAGUGGGCAUCGUUAACCAGGACUUUCCCACCAACGGUCUCGCAAAUGCCACUACGCUGAUCUCUUUCAGGAGUCAAAGCAAGGGCGCCUGA